UUGUUCCCAACUAAAUGGAUGGAUUUCCUUCCAAUGUCAUCGGCGGAUGUUUCCCUGUUGUCCUGAGCGGAAGUUUCUAUGCAUUUUCCAUCAGACCAAAGUCCCUCCCACUUUUUCCAAGGAAGAUCUCUGUCGACCUACCGCGUAGCACCAUCCUCGUUUCCAUCCCAUCCACAUUCAGAUGGCUCGUCGCGAAUGCCUUCUCUUGCUCGUACUUUCAGCGACGCUCUUCAGUUUCGGUGCCUCUUGCUCCAAUGGAGAAUGCAGGCUUCUUGAUGAGUGCUCGAGCGAUAGCGACUGCGUGGCCGGUCUCUAUUGUUUCUCUUGCCCUCAAGGCUUUUCAGGUUCCAGAUGUGUAAGAUCAACCAUUACUGACCAGUUCAAGCUCUUGAACAAUUCUCUUCCUUUCAACAAAUAUGCAUUUUUGACGACCCACAAUGCGUAUGCUAUUGAUGGAGAGCCACCGCACACGCCUGUACCAAGAGUAACGGUUACAAAUCAAGAGGAUACUGUCACUCAACAGCUAAACAAUGGAGUUCGAGGGCUGAUGCUAGAUACAUAUGAUUUUGAAGGAGAUGUAUGGUUGUGCCAUUCUUUUAAAGGUCAAUGUUAUGACUUCACUGCUUUUGAACCGGCUAUAGACACUCUCAAGGAAAUAGAAGCUUUUCUAUCUGCUAACCCGGCGGAGAUAGUCACUUUGAUACUCGAGGACUACGUUCAGGCACCGAACGGGCAAGAUUGGCCACUAGUUAGUGACAUGGUGGCCAAUAACCAGCGGCUGCUCGUGUUUACCUCCAUCCUGUCAAAGGAACAGAGUGAAGGGAUUGCUUAUCAGUGGAAUUACAUGGUUGAAAAUCAAUAUGGCGAUGGUGGAAUGAAAGCAGGAAGCUGCCCAAACAGAGCUGAAUCGGCUUCUCUUGAUGACAGGAGCAAGUCCUUGGUUUUGGUGAAUUACUUCCGGUCUCCGCCCAUCAAGCUACUCAGUUGCGGGGACCAUUCGGGCAACCUCAUUAACAUGCUUCAUACUUGUUAUGGUGCGGCCGGCAACAGAUGGGCUAAUUUCGUUGCCAUUGAUUAUUAUAAGAGGAGCGACGGAGGAGGAUCAUUUCAAGCAGUAGACACCCUAAACGGGAAGCUGCUAUGUGGAUGUGAUGAUGUGCACGCGUGCGUGCCGGGUUCAACUUCUGGGGUGUGCUCUCCAUAGAAAACAAGAGUCUUCUGAAUAGAACAGAAGGAACCACAACAGCUGCUGUAACUAGGAAUAGGAAAUUGCUCACUGCAAUACAUGCCCAGCCUCCAGCAAAUAUGGGAAUCAAAUCAAUAGUUGCUGCAUUUUCUUUUUUGUUUUACGUAAAGAUACAGUGACUUGGCCAGAAUAGCGGAUACUUAACACGCAAUCGAUGUUCUUCAAUUUCUAGACACUCCAUCUUGGACUUUUUUGUUGGCCAACCGUGCCUAUUGCAACGCCUCUCUUACAGAAGCGAAAUUGAUAGACUGCGUCCAACUAAAAGAAUGAAUGGGAAGCAGGCCUGGUCUAUUUUUCUCUAGA